AUGUCCCUGACAGUGAAGUCUUUGAACGGCGACACAGCGUUUCUGCUCACUUUCAGCCCACCCGUAGCCCCACUGUCUUCACCAGGCCUCUUUCCAGGAUCCUUUACCAUCCUCGUCGAUCCCUGGCUCGUUGGCCCGUCCAUCAUCCUCAACUCCAUCUUCUCCAUUUCACACCAGAAGGCGCAACCAUGCAUUUCCCACCUCAAAGAGUUAGAAUACGAACCGGAUGUCAUUCUCAUCUCCCAAGACAAGCCAGACCACUGCCACGAGGAGACGCUCCGCCAGCUUGCACCUGAUUGCGAAUCCACCAUUCUCGCAACCCCGCCUGCUGCCAGGAAGAUUCGGUCCUGGAAACACUUCCGACCUGAGUUGGUUCAUGCUCUACCUAGAUACGUGCAAGGCGAUGAGCGAACCAUUCAUCGCAUCGUGCUGCCGCCGCCGACACCGAGAGGCUCAUGCGGCGAGGUCACGAUAGCAUGGAUGCCGGAGAAGAGAGAUGUUUCGAAGCUCCACCAUGCGAUUGGCAUCACGUACCGACCGCCGUGCACGGUGCUGUCAGCCACGAGUUCAGGGUACCACCUCGACCUUCCCAUGAGCCCACCGGCAUCGCCAGGGUCCCCUAUGACGAUAGCGUCGUCACCACGAACCAUUGUACCGUCGCCCAGCUACGACCGUGAGAAGACACUUUCUGUGAUUUACUCGCCGCAUGGAGUGUCUUACGACAUCGUUCGCUCCUACGCCUCUUCGUAUCUGGUCUCGGAAUCAGCUCUGCCAUUGACGGCACUGCUGCACUCUUUCGACUGCGUGGACAACCCAUGGUACUUGGGUGGGAACAUAUCGGCUGGCUCACCGGGUGGUGUUCGCAUUGCGCGCGACUUGUACGCGAAAGCAUGGAUCUCAGCACAUGAUGCCGACAAAGACAAUUCUGGAUGGUCUGUCAAACAGACCCGCGUUGCGAAGUCUACCAUUGCCCAUAUCACAAAGAGGCUCGAGGAAAGCCAUGCGGUAAAACGUCGCACGACUGUACGCACAGAUGUUGUCAGUCUGGCGUCUGGUGAAGAACGCCGCAUCGAAAGAUGA